AUGGGCCAGCGCCUCUGUGGUUCAAAUGAUACCUGCUCCUGCCUGGAAGGGCUCUGGCCCACCUCCUGGCGCAUGCAGCAGUAUCACAGCCAGAGAGAGGAAUUCGAAGAGCGGGUCAAGUUCUUAGAGACCGUGCCAGUCUUUGCUAACCAGCUCCCCCGAGCAGACCUUCCUCGUGUGGCCGAAGCCCUGGAGGAGAAGACGUUUCGCGCCGGGGAGUUCCUGGCGAAGCAGGGUGAUGUUGGUAGGGAACUCAAGGUCAUCAAGACCGGAACUGCUGCCGUCGUCAUGCGCCCCGACAAUUCGACAGCUGGGAUGCCUCGACAGGUUUCUCCUGGCAGUGAUGGCAAUGACGAGGAGCAGCGAAUCGCCACCCUGCAGCGCGGGGACUGGAGUGGAGGCUACGCGCUGGUGCAGACACGUGCAUUUCGCGCGUCGGUCAUCGCGGAGCCCCCUGGUGUGACUUGCUACACCAUUUCGCGUGAGAAGUUUGAAGACCUGGGACUCCACGAGUGCCUUCACUUCCCGCGGAGAGCGGCCAUGUACGAGGGACAUGCCAAGCGAGCCGGGAACAUCGCGAAGCGCAUGCCUGGUGUCGAGCCUGUACCGGGAAAGCUGACAGACGAAGAGCUGGACUUCAUCGUGAGGUCACUGUGCAAAAACAUGAACCUGCGGUCGGCAAUCGACCUCACACAGAGAGCCUGGCCUGAACUCGCUUUAGGGUUCUAA